AUGGAUAGCCAAAUACCAAGUUCGACUAGCAAGACGAGUGACGGACAAAAGGUGCCGAGAAAACGGCUACGACUAAGUUGUGGGGAAUGCAGGAAAAAGAAACUUUCAUGUGAUCGUAGAUUACCUUGCCAAAGAUGUGUAAGGACCGGGCGAUCGGGACAAUGUUCAUUCGAAACAGGACAGCCCUCUAUAACGAUGCAUAAGCAGCAGCAAGCUCAGACUGAUAGCGAAGAAGUUCAAAAACUCCGGUCCGAGGUGACGCAAUUGAGAGUACUGCUGUCUAAGAUUCAUUCUCAAAAUGAAGGCACUAUUGUGGCAGAGCCUGUGACUGCUACUGGUGUCUCGGAAAUUAGCUACGGGCUGCUAUCAGACAAGCGUUGCGAGGAGACUUAUGGAUCCAUUAUAACGACGGAUAAUGACCUUAUUCAUCCGAACGCGAGAACUCCUUCUAGCUACUACACGCAACAUCAUCUGUUUCACUUCUUUGAAGAGAUUCCUGAACUCUUUCCGUUCAUGAAAGAAACGUAUGAAGAAUUGUUGGCACCUCAUGGGGCUCGCGUUAGAAAGGACAAAGCUGCUCGGAAUGAUUUACAAGCUUAUAGCCAUUUUACGGCAGAGUGCCAGUUGGAGGCCAUUCUUCCGGCAAAGGAGGUAACAGAUUUUUUAGUACAGUCUUACCUCGAAAAUUUCGAACAACUGCAUCGUAUCGUUCAUAUUCCUACUUUUAAGAAAGAAUAUGCCGAGUUCUGGGUACCUGAUUGUACUCGUCAUUCUACCAUGACGGCACUAGUCCUCUCUAUGAUAUCAAUCUCAAUAUGCAUUCCCGCCAGCUACAACAGUCUCACACCUUCCCAUCACCAAAUAGCUCCAGGGCAGGGGACCUCAGCGUGUGACAAAUGGUUAAGAGAGCAAAGUUCAAAUGGCCGUAAGCUUGUGCAUUAUCAAAUCGGCUGUUUGUUAUAUCUCGCAAGACGAAUGCACAUGAUUAGGAAGAAAGAGUGGUUCAAGGAAACGAGUUCUUUGCUUCAAAAUGCAAUUAUGGAUGGGCUACACCGAGAUCCGACUUCAAGUGGAGAUACAAUCUUGACGCGAGAAAUGAAAAGACGGAUGUGGGCUGUUAUUCGCGAACUCGAGUUGCAAAACUCGUUUGAGACUGGAAUACCAACUCUCCUGAACACAAUUGAUGCUAAAACUGGUACCCCUGGAAAUAUUGAUGAUGACAAGUUUGACGAGACCUCGAAAACACUUCCAAUCUCAGAACCAUUCCACAAACGUACCCGAACAUCUUAUCAAUUUCAUAGCUCUCAUAGUUGGGGGUUGCGUUUAGACGUAUCUCGCCGACUUUUUGCGACAGGAUCACCAAAAGUAUUGAGCUACGAUGAAGUCUUGCAAUUGACCCAUCAAUUGACCCAGAAAAUUCACUCCCUCCCAGCUUGGGAUGAAGUCAAUUCAGGGGCAACAAGCCAUGCCUGCUCUCCUAUUCUCGCUCAUGCAUUCCUACAUUUCCAGCUUAGUGAAUGUAUUAUAGCUAUCCAUCGACCAUAUCUUAAGAGAGAAAAUCGCAAGUUUUGGCUUUCUGAAAAUAGUUUAACAAUGCUUCGAGAAGAUCUUUUGUUGGCUUCAUUAACACUCACUCGUGUCACUUUGCUACAGCCCAAAGGCUCAAGCAGUAUUAUCAUGAGCGAUUCCACUAAUAUCAUUGAUUUCCUCAAGCAAUGCCUUCCUACUAUGGGCAACAGAUAUCUUUAUGGAUUCCACAAAGAGCCUUGGUGUUUUCUGACUAUGGCUACGGCUAUUGCAUUACUCAACAUACAUGCAGGAGAAGGUAGUCCAGAGACCGGCAAGCUCGAUGUUUCACAGAGUUUAUCAGAUCUACAUCACAAGCGUAUCGAAAACCAACGUCAUAUGUUCAUUCCUAUCCAGCAGGAUUCCAUUUCACAAAUGUCCACAGAGCACAUCAAUCCCGGUGGACAAUCUGCUGCGUAUAAAGCCACAGAAGUUCCGGCGUUCUCGUGGUUGAACAUUUCUGAUUUUGAAAGUGAUGUUUUUGAUCUGGGAAUGGACCUAGAUAGCAUGUGGCAGUUUUAG